ACUGGGGCGCUAGUGCUGGGCAAGCAGGACCUGGAAGGAGGCGGACAGACGCUCUUCGGCUGGAGAAACCCGUAAACCAGCCAUCGUCCGAAUAGGAAAGAGACAUAAUUGUGGAUUGUCCGAAUGGGGCUCUUACCGGCUUUAGCCGUCCUGUUUUUCGUGAUGCUGCCAGCUGGCAGUCCUGUACCAGUGGGAAGAGAUGAAUACAAAGAGGAAGUGGUGACUCGAUGUAUAGUGGAUGUUCUUUCUAAUGUACUGUCAAAGCCAAAUGCACCUGCAAUUAAGCCUGAGUGCAGAGAAAUUCUCAGGAGGAGUGGAAACCAUGACAUGCCAAAGAGUGAUCAUGGAGGUGUAACAAAAUACGAAGAUGUUCUUUUGGGGGAACCCAAAGGCGAAAAGAGACAAUGGUAUUUACUUAAUCAGCAAGAUGGAAAUGAUGAAAGCCACCAUGAAGAGGAGGUAAAAAGAGAGCACAUUGGAGAAGCAGAACAUGAUCGAAAUCAUGAAGAAAGUAGGGACCCCAGCACUGAGGAAGAAAAACUUCAUAUUAGUAGUAAUAAGGAACAUUCUUCUGAAACAGACAAGUAUCAUAAGGAGGAGAAAAAGAGCAACGAGGGUGAUGAAAAACGAGAACAAAAUGACCUUGAUAAGAAGGAAAGCAUGGAAGUCCUAGAGGGAAGAAAGCACUACUUUACAGACAUGGGGUAUGGAAAUUAUGAACCUGGCAGUAAAAAGGCACAUUAUAAACAAGGAGGCAUGAAGGAACGUUCUGAAGAAGAUGAUGACGACACACAAUUUGGGUAUCAGUUACACAAUGAAGAUGAGAGGAACUUCUUUGACAGUGACAGCAGGGAUAUGACUAAUGGCUGGAAGGGGAAUAGUUAUAAACAUAAAGACUCAGAAGAAAGUAAUGAAGAUACUAGAGAAAAACGGCGCUAUGGAGCAAAGAGUCAUCACUGGAAAUACAGACGGAAUGAGCCUUCAGAAGAGAAGAGAAAUCAAUAUGGACACUCAUAUCAUAUAUCAGAACAAUCCAGUGAAGAAGAAAACUCACACAGAAUAGAUAGGAAAAGUAAUCAAGAACAGACUGAAAAUACCAAAUACUAUGAAAGACCAAGAAAAUAUCAUGACUUUCACAGAUCUGAAGGAUCAGAAGAGACUGGGCAUUACAGUGACGGGAAAGAAAAUGGAUACCCUUAUGAAGCAAAAAAGUACUAUAGUGAAGAAGAAGAUGAUGAAGAGGAAAACAUGGGACACCACAGUGAAAUAAAAAGACAUCAAAGUGCUGAAAUGGAAGAGAAGGAGGGGAUGGAGGAAGAAAAUAGACAUCACAAUGAAGUAAAAAGACAUCACAUUGAAAUACAUGAAGCUGAACAGAAAGGGCAUCAUGCUGAAGACGAAAGGCCACACAGUGAUGAACAAGAUAAUGAGGAGAGGAGACAAAAGCUAUACGUCAAAAGUAGCGAGGAUGAAGAAAACAGACAUCACAGUGAAGAAAAGAAACAUAAUAGAGAAGAAACUGAGGAAGAAGAAAAGAUACAUCUUACUGAAGACAAAAGACACCAUGACAUAGAAAACAGGCACCAUGAUGAAAAUGGUAAAGAAGAAGAAAAUGAGUAUUAUAGCCCAACAAAGAGACACUAUGGUGAAGAGAGUGAGGAAGAAGAAGAAGAAGAAAAACAUCACAAUGAAGACAGACGGCAUUAUAAUGAAGAUGAAAAACACCGUAGUGAAGAAAAAAGGCACAGUAGGGAAAGAAGUGAGGAAGAGGAAAAGAAGUAUCCUGAUGAAGAAAAGAAAUACCUGAGUGAGGAUAAUGAAGAGCUAGAAAGUAAUGAUCACAGUGAAGAGAGAGAAGAAGAAGAAGAAAAGAAACACAGCCAUGAAGAAAAGAGGUACACAAGUGAAGAGAGUAAGUAUGGUACUGAAGAUGCUGUGGAGAAAGAAAACACAUACCAUCAUGACAACAAAAGACAUUACAAUGAUAAAGACACAUACCAUAAUAAAAACAGAUACCUCAGUACAGUAAACAAGGGAGACCAAAACAAAGGAAAUGCACACCGUCAUGAAGACAAGAGACAUCAUUCUGAAGAAAGUGAAGAGGAUUUCAAAAGACAUAACUCUGAAAAAACACUGCAUAGUACAGAGGAGGAAGAAAGCAUGCAUCACAGUGGAGAAAAAAGACAGCAUGGUGAAGACAGCAGACAUAGUGAAGAAAGUGAAGAGGAAGAAGAGCAUCACCAUAAUGAAGAAAAGAGGCAUCGCAAUGGGUAUAAGAGGCACCAUAGUGAAAAAAGUGAGGAGGAUGUGGAGGAGGAAAAGAGACACCUUAGUGAAGAAUUGAGAUGGCAUAAUGAAGACAAGCGGCACCAUAGUGAAGAAAGCCAUGAGAAAGAACAUCAACAUGAUAAGUUAAAGAAGAACCACCAUAGUGAGGAAAGUGAAGAGGAAAACAAUAUAUAUCAUAGUGUAGACAAGAGACACCAUGGGAAGGAUAAAAUAUACUAUCAUGAAGAAAAGAGACGUCAUAGUGAAGACAUGGAUGAGGAAAGAAGACACCACAAUGAAGACAGUGAGGAGGAAGAAGAAAAAAGGCAUAAUAAUGAAGAGAAGAAACAUCAUCAUAAAGAAAAGAGACACAGUAGUGAAGAUAGUGAGGAAGAAGAAGAAGAAAUGAGGCACCACAGUGAAGAAAGUGAGGAGGAAGUAAAAAGACAUCAUAAUGUGGAAAAGAAACAUCAUCAUAAAGAAAAGAGCCACAGCAAUGAAGAGAGUGAGGAAGAAGAAAGGAGACACCACAGUGAAGAAAAAAGACACUAUGGUGAAGAUGUAGAGGGUGAGGAGGAAGAAAGGAGGCACCACAAUGGAGUAAAAUAUCAUCCCAGUGAAGAGUCUGAAGAAGUAGAAAAAAGACAUCAUAGUGAAAGCCGACAUCUUAGUGAAAAUAAUGAGGAAAGACAGAAAAGGUAUAGUAAAGCAGAGAUGCUUGAAAAUGAAGAGCCAAAUGAUAGAAAGAGCAGGCCAUAUACUGAAAUAAAAAAGCAUUCCAAUCAGGAAAGUAAGGAGGAAGUCGAACAGAAAAGUAAGCACUAUACUAUUGGAGAAAGCCAUUACAAAAGUGAGGAAAAAAGGCACCAUAACAAAGGUGACAGAAUAAAGGGAUACAGUGAGGAAAGUGACGAGGAAAGGAAGAAAAUUACCAGCCGAGAGAAAAACAGUGAAGAAAAUGAGAGUAAGGAAGAAAAACAAUAUAAUGAUGAGGAGAAAAGACACCCACAUUACAAUCAGCAAAAAGAAGAGGACAGAUGGCACAAAGAUGAAGAAAAGAGACAUCGUAGUGAAGAAAGUGAAGAAAAACAGCAUUACCAUGGGUACAAAAGAUACACUAGUGAAGAAGACAAUGCUCCGGUUGAUGAAGAUGAAAGAAAUGUAGCUAGUCAGUACAAUCCAUACUACAAACAUCUAUGGUGGAAAAGGCACCCAUAUGAUAAAAAAGAAAGUAGUAUGCAAGCAGAAAAUCCAGAAAAUGAAGAUGUCAACAGGUACAUAAGAGAAAAUAAUUUUCUGCCAGAAUAUGUAGAGUACGACUGGUGGGACAAAAGACAUAGUACGGAUGACGUGAACUAUCGAUACGGAGAGAAAAGAAAUCAUCUAACUAGCCAUGCUCUUCCAAAAAAAAGACAAUAUGGAAGGAUGGAUGAGCUGGCUCAGUUAUUAAACUAUAAGAAGAAAGCAGCAGAAUUCCCAUACCUGUAUGACACUAAUGAAGAAGGGAGAAAAUGGUACGAGACAGAUGGUGAAAAGAGAAAUACUGAACGGAGGCCACUGACAAAAGAGGAGGAGAAAGAACUCGAAAACCUGGCAACCAUGGACCUGGAACUGCAGAAAAUAGCAGAAAAGCUAAAUGAAAGCAGAAGAGGAUAAUAUAUUCACUGAAAAUGUUAUGUAUGCCAGAGCAACUUUGUUCAUUUAAAUAAACUAUGUAGAAUAUCACUUCAGAGUGUUAGCAGCACAAAAAUACAUUUUAUCAAUCACUAAAUAUUAUAUUGUACAAGGUCAAACUAUUUUUAAUGCACUGUUAUACAAUGGUAAUUUGAAAGGCAUGGAUUUUAGUAUAUUUAAAACCAAACUUUUUAUUAUAGAAAUGUGUCAAAUGCAACCAGAUGUUUACGUGGCUCUUCUCCUGGUCUUGCUCAGUAUUUAUGUCAAAGAGUUUGCAGUUUAAUAAAAUUCAUCAUUCUUGGACAAGA